ACGCGAGAGGAUAUCGUGCGCGUCGAAAGCACGCAACCUUUGACGCGGUCUCAAACCAUUCAACUUUCAUCAUCAAUCAUCGCGGUCGCCAAAUUCUCUCGUCUAGACUCUUCUGUUUUUCUUCUUCCGCCUCCGUCACGGUGGUCGAAAGCCGAAACCCUAAUCCUUAAAUGCAAUUCCGAUCCCCAAAUUCACCUGCUGCCUCGAUCUCCUGUUUGGGGGCGUUUAUUCUCUGAUCUUUAAUGUCUCGCUUGGUGCCAGGACUUUAGGGUUCCUCGUCCUUCGUUUGGCCAUGGAGGGCUCUGCGGUGGAGGAUCUCGGAGCACCGGAUUCAUGGGAGGUCGCCGAUUUGGACGAGGCCAUGAGCCGAUUGAUGCUCCCCUCCUCUUCGUCUCCUAAAAAGAAUUCCGAAUCCUUGGACCACUCCGUUGCCGAUGCUGCUCCCGCUUCGUUUCCCUCCCCUCCCGCCUCGGUUUCUUCUACUUUCGAUAGCGUUUCCGAAGAUGUUAUCAAUCAGGUUGAUCAGUUCCUUCGCGAAGCUUUGCAUAACCCUCGGGAGCGCCUAUCAAUUUUGCGCAUGGAGCAAGAUGUUGAGAAAUUUAUUCGUGAUCCUACUCGACAACAACUAGAAUUUCAGCAGUUGCCUACUUCAUAUUUACGGUUAGCUGCACAUCGGGUGGCCCAACAUUAUUCACUGCAGUCCAUGGUUCUAUUGGACAAUAGUUUACCUGAUGGGUCUGGUUCCAAAAUUAUUGUUCGCAAGACAUCUGAAUGCCGUCUGCCAGCUGUUCGCCUUGCAGAUAUUCCCGUGAGUCUACCAUCAGAAGAAAAUAGUUCCAUGAAGGUUGCUAUCAAACAGAGGCCACAGAAACGGUCCCAAAUAUCCAGAGAUGCUAAUGCAAAUUCAUCAAAAACAAGUGGUUCGAAAAGUGUGGAAGAAAGGAAGGAAGAGUAUAAUAAGGCUCGUGCACGAAUAUUUAACUCCAGCAGUAUCUCAGGUAGUCAUGCAGGUGGGAGAGUGGAUGCUGAUCCUAGGCCACAGGAUAAUUAUCGUGGUGCCUUGGGUGCUUCAAAGGCUGAGGAGAAGAUUAUUUCUGGAGUUUCUGAUACAAAUUUUAGUAGAGGUUUGAUUGACUGUUCUACUAGUAGCAGUAGAAUGAGUAGAAGUAGGACUGACAAGGAGAUGCCUAGUAGGCACAAACCAAAUAGUAGGGUAGCCAUUUUUAGAGAUCGUGAGAUUGACAGCAAGGAUCCUGACUAUGACAGGAGCUACGACAGGUAUAUGCAGAGAUUUGAUCCGGGGUUUGGCUUCAGUGGAGGGCCAUACACUGUGCAGCCCAUGUACGCUCCUGCAGUGAGCUAUAACACUGAGUUUCCACAACUUGGCUCUGCUCAUAGACAGGCCGUUUCAGAAUGUCAACCUAGACCCCUCCCUCCACAUGUACCUGGGCCAUGGAAUGCCCAAUCAUCCCCUGCAGGUUUGGGAUACGGUCAUCGGGAAGCAAUGAUUAGACCUUUGAAUCCAAAUGUUGAUGCCCAUUCAUCUUCUGGCGUGUACCUGCAUUCCUCCCAGUAUCCUGGUCAGCAGUCUGGAAUGCAUUUUAUCCAUCCUCAUGAACAAACUCAUCAACCCUUUUCACAGCAAUACCAACAGCAACCAGAUGCAAGUUUUGGAUUAGCACGGCCCCGGUGAGGGGCAUGGGCCAUGCCUGCUCCCCGCCAUCUGGUAGUUAUGAUAUAUCAUGGGCUUUCAAUGUACAUUUUUUACUUGAAAUGGCAAGGGGCAGGCAUAAAGACUGAGGUGGGCUUAGAAGGAUCCAUAUUUUCUGUGACUUAAUAUGCUUCUUCCCACCGUCAGUUCCAUUGGAGCUUCUUGCAUCUCUUAUGGUUGAUGAAGCAGCUCAUUGCUUUGGAAUUUGCAAUAGUAGGCUGAGCUCCUCAGGUUGCUCUUGCCACUGAUAUUGACGAAAAGUUGAAUAGAAGAAUCAGCAACCCGCUGGGAAUGUACUUGCAGAUCUUGGAGGAAGCGUAUGGGAGGAUUUGGUUUUUGUCAAAGCAAACCUCAGAACUGUACUCGUUAGAUGCCAAAAAUUUCACAAAUUGAAAUGUAAGGAAGAGACCUCAAUUACACAACCAGGAGAAUGAAGCUUGGAAAAAUAUACUCGGAUCAAGAGAGAUCCGUAGCUGCAGUUUGAGUACCAGCUUGAAACCCCAUGAUUUUGUCGAUCGUGGGUUUCACAUUUUUGCUCUUAACUCUACUAAAUCCUGACAAAGAUGGAUGGCGCAGGAAAUAGGCAUUGCUUUCCAUUUCCUUCUCAGCUUUAGCAGUCUGAGCAAAACAAUCCCAAACGCCCAAUGUGGGAAUCAUCUACUUGUGGGAUCGAGUGGCAAUUUCACCCUUCUGAUGGGCAGGUAUGAAAUUUUUAGAAAGUCCAUGCUUUUUGAUGAAAGAGGGUGCUCUUUGUCAAGAGUAUCAAACUUCAUACUUGGAAUGUAAAUUGAGGGAUGCCUCAACCACUAUACAUCAUUACUUCAACUUCUCAUAUGUUGAAGAAUCUCGGUACUACUUCCACACCUUUCUAUAUUUUGUUUUAAUAUAAUUUUAGCAUCAUUAUAUGGUGAAUGUUAAUUGUAGGUUUGUUAUCGUUGUCAACGUCAGCAAGUCGAGACUGUUUGGAGGUUGUUUUAGAAUAUUUUUCUUAUUUCCAGGAA